CAUUCCAGGCCAUGUGACCACAGAAAAUCCAUGUGAGAAGCCUGACGGAAACAUCAUGUUAUCUCUAGAUUGUAAAGAAGAUGAAGAUACAAUGCAGCGCUCUUCAGAAGAAAACUUAAUUACCUGUAAUGUACAUCCAGAACUUCACAGUGCAUCAAAUAAUUCCCCCAAGAAUGAGGAACUUUCUAAUGACCAAUCACAGAUUAUUAACCCAAGUCCAAAUCUAUCAUAUAAUCAUCCUAAACAUGAGGAAUCUUCCCCUGACCAAUCACAGAUUAUUACCCCAAAUAUAGGGCAGAAACGGGGUAAAAGGUUUCAUUGUGGGGAACGUGAAAAACAUUUCAGAUAUAAGUCAGAGCUUUCUGUAAACAAAAGUAGUUCUACAGGAGAGAAGCCGCAUUCAUGUUCAGAAUGUGGGAAAUGCUUUACUCGGAAACAAAGCCUUGAUCUACAUAAGAAAAUUCACACAGGACAGAAGCCAUAUUCAUGUUCAGAGUGUGGUAAAUGCUUUAUACAGAAAUCACAACUUGAUGGACAUAAAAUAAUUCACACAGGAGAGAAGCCGUAUCCAUGUUCAGAAUGUGGGAAAUGCUUUAUACAGAAAUCACACCUUGAUGGACAUAAAAUAAUUCACACAGGAGAGAAGCCGUAUUCAUGUUCAGAAUGUGGGAAAUGCUUUUUCCAGAAAGCAAGUCUUGAUCUACAUAAGAAAAUUCACACAGGAGAGAAGCCAUAUUCAUGUUCAGAAUGUGGGAAAUGCUUUAUCCAGAAGGCAAGCCUUGAUCUACAUAAAAGAAUUCACACAGGACAGAAGCCAUAUUCAUGUUCAGAGUGUGGUAAAUGCUUUAUACAGAAAUCACACCUUGAUGGACAUAAAAUAAUUCACACAGGAGAGAAGCCGUAUUCAUGUUCAGAAUGUGGGAAAUGCUUUAUACAGAAAUCACACCUUGAUGGACAUAAAAGAAUUCACACAGGAGAGAAACCGUAUUCAUGUUCAGAAUGUGGGAAAUGCUUUUUCCAGAAAGCAAGUCUUGAUCUACAUAAGAAAAUUCACACAGGAGAGAAGCCAUAUUCAUGUUCAGAAUGUGGGAAAUGCUUUAAGACGAAAUCAAAACUUGAUGAACAUAAAAGAAUUCACACAGGAGAGAAGCCAUAUUCAUGUUCAGAAUGUGGGAAAUGCUUUAGCCAGAAAGCAAGCCUUGAUAAACAUAAAAGAAUUCACACAGGAGAGAAGCCGUAUUCAUGUUCAGAAUGUGGGAAAUGCUUUAUCCAGAAAGCAAGCCUUGAUCUACAUAAGAUAAUUCACACAGGAGAGAAGCCAUAUUCAUGUUCAGAAUGUGGGAAAUGCUUUAAGACGAAAUCAAAACUUGAUCAACAUAAAAGAAUUCACACAGGAGAGAAGCCAUAUUCAUGUUCAGAAUGUGGGAAAUGCUUCAACCAGAAAUCAAGCCUUGAUGAACAUAAAAGAAUUCACACAGGAGAGAAGCCAUAUCCAUGUUCAGAAUGUGGGAAAUGCUUUAUGCGGAAAGCACACCUUGAUGGACAUAAAAAAAUUCACAUAGGAGAGAAGCCAUAUUCAUGUUCAGAGUGUGGUAAAUGUUUUACAUAUAAGUCAUAUCUGGUUGGACAUCAGAGAAUUCACACAGGAGAGAAGCCAUAUUCAUGUUCAGAAUGUGGGAAAUGCUUUAUUCAAAAAUCAAGCCUUAAUGUACAUAAAAGAAUUCACACAGGAGAGAAGCCAUAUUCAUGUUCAGAGUGUGGUAAAUGUUUUAUAGAUAAAUUACGUCUGGUUCGACAUCAGAGAAUUCACACAGGAGAGAAGCCAUAUUCAUGUUCAUAAUGUGGGAAAUGCUUUGUCACAAAAUGAAAUUUUAAUCAACAUAAGAGAAUCCACACAUUAGAGAAGACAUGAUUCAUGUACACAGU